GCUCUGCUGACUACACUGCCAUUGGCUUCACAUUCAAUGUAUUUAGAAGAGACCUAUCUAACAUCAGAUUCAAAAUGCAAUACAGUAGUGUAUUCAGUAGGCAGAUGAGAGUGGCAGUAGGUAUAGAAAUGAUGGAUACACAUACUCAAAGCAAGGAAGAGUGAAAAAAUGAAGUGCUAGAAGAAGUGGGUGGGACCAUAAUCCAGCCCCCUGGCCCCUCCCCCAGUCUUAUUGCCUUUACAGUGCCUCACAGCUGCUCAUAAAUGGAUGGGCAGUGGCAGGGCCAGCUUUGUGAUGACUUUAAACAUUCCACACCAUAAACAUUAAUCCCUUUAUUGUGGAUUAGUGGAUAAAAUGUCUUUUCGAGGGAGAUGUAUAAAGGGGAAUGGGAUCGAGCAAUGUGCCUUGCUAGGCCUUUUUGCCCUGAUGAAUCAGGGCUUUUAAGUCUAUGGGCUGGAUCAGGACCUUGGCAGCACUGACUGGAACCCAAAUCCUGCUCAUUAAAAUAACAAAACCUGUGAUCCCGCCGCCUCUGAUUGAGCUUUAUAAAACUGGCCCUAGCCUUGUUCCCAUGAGCAUUACAGUGAAGACCCUCCGGACCUCUACACAACAUGGGCAAGAUCAUCUUCUACGAGGACAAGAAUUUCCAGGGGCGGUCCUAUGAGUGUGACACUGACUGCCCCGACAUGAACCCCCACUUCAGCCGCUGCAACUCCAUCCGCGUGGACAGCGGCUGCUGGGUGCUGUACGAGCGCCCCAACUACUCAGGGUACCAGUACGUGCUUACACGAGGAGAGUACCCCGAAUAUCAGCGCUGGAUGGGCUACAAUGACUCCAUCCGCUCCUGCCGCACCUUCUCUUAUACCAGCGGUGGGCCCUACCGCAUGCGCAUCUAUGAAAGGCCGGACUUCCAGGGCCAGAUGAUGGAGUUCAAUGAGGACUGUGAGUCGGUCCAGGACCGGUUUCGCAACCGUGACAUCUACUCCUGCAAUGUGAUGGAUGGCUACUGGACCUUCUACGAGCACCCCAGCUAUAGGGGGCGCCAGUACUUCUUGAGGCCUGGCGAAUACAGGAAGUUCAGCGACUGGGGCGCUACCUGCGCCACCACAGGCUCCUUCCGCAGGAUCACCGAUUUUUAACCCGCCCCCCCACCAGCCCCAGUACCUUUCUUCUUCCCCUAUUUGCUGCCUCAUCAAUAAAAGGAGAUUCUAAAUACA